UCUUCCAUAAUCUCCUAUCUUUCUUUUUUUUUUUUUGGUUAAAGGUUGUACCCAUAAUCUCCUAUCCUUCCAUUUUGCUACUUGGUUUCUUGAGUUCAAGAGAGAUUUAAUCUCGCAACUCGAUUGGGGUUUUUGCUUUGGUUUCAGCGUUGUUUUGGGUUGGGGCGUUCACCUCGAAUCUGUAUUGCAACUAUUUUUGGCGAAUCUGCGACACGAUCUGUCUUGUCCUUUUUCCAGCUCAUUUCUUCUGGUUUAUCAUAUGUCCUUCGAUUCAUUUCAAUUGGGCGAGCUUUCAUCUCACAAAUUUCUCUUAUGAUGUGAAGAAUCGGGUUUUUUUCUCCGAAGCUGCAAUGGGUUCAUCUUUUUGGGGCAUAGCUUCUCGGGAAGCCAUGAAAGGCGGAGUUUUUCUUACCAAGCUCUGCUGCUUCCUUAAUGUCACCGUCAACUAUCUCGGCUUCGUCGCUUUUUCUUACGGUCCGAGCAUGAUCCCGACACUUCACCCUUCCGGCAAUGUCGUAUUGGCUGAGAGAAUCUCCGCUCGGUUCCGGAAGGUGGGUCGUGGAGACAUCGUUGUCGUACGGUCACCAGAAAACCCUAGAGUUGCUCCGACAAAGAGGGUGAUUGGUGUUGAAGGUGAUCUUAUAACUUAUGUGAUUGAUCCUGGAAAGAACGAUAAGUCUCAAUCCAUUGUGGUACCUAAAGGGCAUGUAUGGGUCCAAGGUGACUAUACUUGUAACUCGAAGGACUCGAGAACGUUUGGCCCCGUCCCUUACGCCCUUAUUCAAGGCCGAGUUCUUUUGCGGGUUUGGCCAUUCCGAGAUUUUGGACCGCUCGGACCAUCCCCGCCUUGACAAAUUAUGCAUUUGUUAUCGACGUAACGAAGUUAAUGAAAGAUUUCGGAUCAAAGUUCGGUGAAUUUUCGGAUUAUCAAAAACAAAAAAAUUAUACAUCUGGAAUCUCUAUGAAUAUAUUGGUUCGGAUGUCAUGCCGGUUGGGUUUGACACUGUAUUUGUACCCUUUUUAAUAACCGAAUUUAUCAAUGCCGGUUUGUCAAUGAUUUUAACGGAAAUUCCGGUUUAACCAAGGUCGGUUUGUUUCCCCUUGCCACAAUUUGUCAUUUGUAUGUAGUUUUACAGAAAUGGGCUUCA